UACACCCUAACAAAUCCCUCUCCACGGGCAGACUCCAUAGUCCGAGAGCGAGGAGAAAGGAACAGAGCGACAGAAAUGGCGGAAGAGGCGCGAGAUAGCGAGAGCCCGAACGAGGGGGCGCACGAAAUUGAGUCGCAGAUUAAAGGCGCUAUGCACUCACGCGUGGCUCACUUCAAAGAACAAGCAGAUUCUUUGACAUUUGAGGGGGUACGGAGAUUGUUAGAGAAAGACUUGGGGUUGGAGACGUAUGCUUUGGAUGUGCAUAAGAGACUUAUAAAGCAAUGUUUGCAGGAGUGCCUAGAUGGUGCUGAUGAUGACAAUGCCUCAAAAACUUUUGGGGAGAUGGGGGAAAAAGGUUCCCCUAGAGGAGAAGUGGCAGAGGCAUCUGAUGAACUUCACUUAAAGAAAGAUGUAAAUGACUCCGAAGACUCUCCAGUUAUGGGCCUUCUGACAGGACAUAAGAUGACAAAAUCAGGAACCGAGGAAAAUGAAAUCAGUGGAAAUAAUGAAGCUCCAAGCGAGAGCACAAUAAAGAAAGCUAUUAGAAAAAGAGCUUCUUAUGUCAAAGCUAAUUCGGAGGAUGUUACAAUGGCUGGACUUCGUCGACUUUUGGAGGGAGAUCUUAAACUUGAUAAAUAUACUCUUGACCCCUAUAAGAAGUUUAUAAGUCAACAAUUAGAUGAGGUAUUACAAUCUCAUGAAGUUUCUGAAGACAAACCACCAGUUAAUGUCAAGAAAAAUGUUAAGAGAGUUUUUCGUAGCAAAGCAUCUAAAAAGGUCAGCAGUGAAGAGAGUUCGGGUUCCUUAGAUAGCAAAGGCGAUGAGGAGGAAGAAGAAGAAGAAGUGAAACCUAGAAAGAAAAGCAUUCCAAAAGGAAAGAUGCAGAAGUCUGAUCUUACAAAACGGAAACCUGCAAAGGAGAGCAAUGUAUCUAACAAGAAACCGCGGAAGGCUGGAGAAACAAUAUCAGAGGAUAAUAGUGAUGCAGAAGAUGGUGGACAUGUCUCCGAAGAUGAUAACUCUCAAUCAUCUCCUGAGAAACCUGUGAAGAAGAAAGAAGUUUCAAAUCUUACAUAUGGGAAACGUGUGGAGCACCUGAAAUCAAUUAUCAAAUCUUGUGGAAUGAGUGUUCCUCCAUCAAUUUACAAGAAAGUAAAGCAGGUGCCUGAGAACAAACGUGAGGCCCACCUGAUAAAGGAGUUGGAGGAGAUACUAUCUAAAGAAGGAUUGUCUGCAAAUCCUUCAGAAAAAGAAAUCAAGGAUGUCAGAAAGAAAAAGGAAAGAGCGAAAGAACUUGAGGGCAUUGACAUGAGUAAUAUUGUACAGAGUUCACGUAGAAGGUCUGCUAUCAGUUUUGUAGCUCCUCCAAAGCCAAAAAUACCAGUUGAAAGCGAAGGUGAUGAUGCUGAAGAUACUGAAAAAGACAAUGAUGUAGAUGAUGAUGAUGAUGAAGAUGACGAAGAUGACGAUGAUGAUGAAGAGGAUGAUGAUGGCAGCCAGAGUGAAGAGUUUAAUGACGAUGCUGAUGAAGACAGUGAUUAAUUUCUUCUUGAGAGGACUUGGUUGCUGAUAACAGGAGCCUGAACAGUUAGAGUAGAAGAAUGUACACUGUAAUUUAGUUUCAUUAUUUCAUUUGGGUGUGGAACAGUGGUCAAUGGUUGUAGUCUUUGAUGCAGAAUUUGUAUUCAACUUUGCCAAUUAGGGUUUUAAACUUCAGCUGUAUCAGUGACUGAGAACUCAGAAUGGGGUAUCCUUGGUCGGUGAAAGUAGUAGAGUUAUGAAAGCAAUAUUGCUAAUUUUUUGUAUGUUGGUGUAGGUUACAUUUGGUAUAAGUUGUGAUGAAGGCUUGUAGUGGGUCUGUUUUGAUGA